AUGAUUGACGUAUAAAUAAGUUCUCUCUAACAAAAUAGAGAUAGAUCAUUCAUCAUCAUUGUGAUAUUGAUAUUGAUGGCAAAUGCAAGCUAUAUGAUGAUGAUCCCCCUUUUUCCACCUUUAAUAAAAGAAAAGGGAUUCACUGAAGCAGGUAUUGGAAUUAUCAUGUGCUUCUACCCACUUGGCUGUAUACUGGCCUCCUGGAAGUUGGGUAAAAUACGCAGCUCCAAAAAGAUGAUACUACAAGGUUUAAUUGGAUAAUUGGUAAUCUCAAUUAUUUUGGGAAUAUCCUAUUUUUUAAACGGAGCUCUCUUUUUCAUUCUUUCCUCAUUUUUAAGAUUCAUCCAAGGAAUUGUAUAGCUAUAUAUUAAAUAUUUAGUCUAACACCAUGAUUUAAGUUCCUUCAUAUUCAAUAACUGGACACUUGUUUUCAGAACAAGUCUCAGAGAAAAUCGCCAAAUUGGAAAUGGCUUGUAAUUUUGGAUUAGUUUGUGGUCCUUUGAUAAGUGGCGUCUUGUAUAUCCUAUCAGACAUCUAUAACUUUAAUACUUUUUAAUACUCGUUGUACUUGGUGGCAUUUCUAUACUUUGUAAUUACCCUUUGUGUAAUACUGUUUCUGGAUGAAAGGAUUUUUAACAUCGAUCAAUAAGAACAAGGAGCAUCCAUCAAUUACUAUGAAGUGUUUUAGAUUCAUGAAUUGAAUGUGACCUUCACUUCAUAUUUCUUCCUAGGAGUGGCUGCAUAGGCAUUACGUACUUAUUUGGUAAUUUUAAUAAUUUAAUUUUAGUCUGUGUAAUUGUUGGAAGUUUACAAUUUAGACGAUGCAAAUUCUUAGUUCCUCUUUAUGAUAUACACCAUUGUGAGUGUCUUUGGAGCAUUUUAUGUGGCUGAAUAAAAGCAUUACACUCUCAACCAAAUGUACACCUAUUGUCUUUACAUUGGGGCUGUUAGUCUAUUGCUCUAUGGCCCAUCUUAGAUUGGAUUACCACAAUCAAUUUAUAUCAUAUGUUUCGCUGAUAUUAUCAGAGGAAUAGGAAUUGGAUCAGCGUAAUUAUGCAAUCAUAUUCUUUAGACCAGCCAUUAUGAUGCCUUUGAUAGUACAAAUUAUGGAGAAGCAUAAACAUAAGGAUCAAGCUGCUGAGAUAGGUUCAACGCUUUUCAUUGCAGGAUGGUCCCUUGGAGAUUUAAUUGGACCAAUUAUUGGAGGAAUAUUUAUAGACUAAGUUGGUUUUGACAAGACUAGUGUCAUUAUGAGUGGAGCCUUAUUCGCGAUUGGCCUCAUCUAUUAAAAAACCAGUCAUAUUGAUUAGGAAUAAUAAGCAAUAGAGAUGCAAAUUCUCAUUCAUUGA